CGAGUUGUAGCAAGCGAAAGAAGAAAGCCGUCAAAGAAAGAAGAUGGCGAGAGGUAGCAGGAGUCUGCGGAAAGUAGCGGAGUACAUGAGGCAGUUACCGAGUACAGCCAGCCGAGAACUACAGAGCAAAAACAACGUCAGAUACCUGUCGUCAUGUGGGAUCCUGAUGACGCGUGUCCCUCCCUUGUUGGGUGCAGCCAUGCCGGGUCGUGCCAUCAUGCUUCCGGCCCGCAGCUUCUUCAACCUCACCAGCUCCCUUUCCAAGAGGAAAGAGUACUCUGAGAGACGCAUCAUCGGGUAUUCCAUGCAGGAGAUAUAUGAAGUAGUGGCCGGUGUAGAAAACUACCGCCUCUUUGUGCCCUGGUGUAAAAAAUCUGAUGUGGUGUUCCAACGUUCUGGAUUCUGCAAGGCCAAGCUAACUGUAGGUUUUCCCCCUGUGGUGGAGAACUACACCUCCCUUGUUACGACAGUACGCCCCCACCUGGUCAAGGCGUCCUGUUCAGACGGAAAGCUGUUCAACCACCUGGAGACGGUUUGGCGUUUCAGCCCGGGCCUCCCUGGUUACCCUCGGACCUGCACCGUUGACUUUGCUAUCUCCUUCGAGUUUCGCUCCCUCAUCCACUCUCAGCUAGCCCACGUCUUCUUCGAUGAGGUAGUGAAGCAGAUGGUUUCAGCGUUUGAGUGCCGUGCCUCCAAGAUUUACGGUGCUGAGACGCCCAUCCCUCGUGAGCUAAUGUUCCACGAGAUUCACCACACGUAGCGACAGCACAAACACGACACAAGCAAACACAAUGCCAAAGAGACAGAAGACCCUUCCUGAGCUCCACCUGAAAACUGUAGUGCCUUUCCCACAACAGCGAAUCUAUUCCACGUCUCAGUUUUAGAGCCGAUGUGGGUCCGGCGGCUGAUUGCCCCCCCCCUCGGUGCAGACUUCGAUCUGCACCAGGCUGUGAAACCGGCUGGAAACAGCAGCUGCUGUGAUGUGCCCACAUCAGGAAACAGAUGAAGAAUAACAAACAACAACAUGCACAACUCGUAGUCGAACAUUUGCACAAAAAUUCAAUUUCUCGUCUAAAAAUGUGCUAAAUCACACGUGUUAAAGGAGUUCAGAAGAUCCAGCGGGAGCCAAACGGUGUUUUACAUUUCAAAAAUUACAUAAAAUAUCGACCGAUUAUUAACCCAGCUGCUGAAAAAUCUGUUGUUAAAUAAUCAAGUAGGGUUGAAAUAUAUUUUUAGUUUUUUUUUUAACAUUUGCUGGUUCCAGCUGUUCACAUUCUGUGGUGUUUUUAACAGAUCUGAAGACAGAUUAAGUUGUUUUAAGGACGUUGCAGUGCACUGUGCGGGAAAAUGUACAAAUUUGACGGGCAUUUGUAUGUAUUUUAUCACAGUUUUUAGGGAAAUUAUAGAAAAGAUAACGAAUGCAGCAGAUUUUAUCUUUUUCAUUAAGAAGCAUUUAAUAACUGGCUUUAUUUAUAACUGAAGCACAAAGCUAAAGGAAACUAGAGAACAAUAUUUAAAAACUAGAGAACAAUAUUUUAAAAACUAGAGAACAAUAUUUAAAAACUUUAGUUAAAUUGAAUUAACUAUAAAUUUAAAAAUUGUAAAUAUAACAAAGAAAAAAGUUCAGCAGAGAAGCUCAAACAGAAAUUAAACGGUUACAAAUAUGAGGGAAGUUAAUAUACAAGAAGCUAAAAAGUUGGCAACAAUAAUGCUAAAAAAUCAUGGCUGUCAAUAAUCGAAUCAGUAGAAAAAAGUAAAAUAAUCAGAUGAAUGUUUUCCAGUAUAAGCUGUAAACAUGAGUAGAGAUGAAUGUGGAUAACCAGGGUGCGUUCAGGGACAGUUGACACCUGGAUGCUUUUCUGCAACAACUUGAACUUAAAGGGCACAAAGGAAAAAAAAAAUCCAGUCAGCAUCCAGUCGCAGACUGACCCACAUCGAUGAUUUAAAACCAGCAGACACGACGCCCACUGUGAGCUCAAACCAUGAAGACGACAUGGCUGCAGACUGAUGUACUGUAAACCCUCUGAAACACACACACACACGCCAUCUACAUGCUGCUGAACUGUUGUUUAGCUGCUUUUCCCAGCAGGGGGGCGGAGUCUGUUUUUAACGUUACUUGCGUUAUUACUCAUUAUUAUUAAUGUUGGACCGAAGAGGUGUUAAACAGAAAAGCGUGUUUGUUUUGUUUUUACGUGUGCAAUAUCAUCAGUGAGUGUAAACGCAGCCAAUCCAGCAGGCGAAGCCCCACCACAAAUAUCCAUGUCAGGGUUCAGACGGAGACCCGGGUUCAUCAGGCUUCUGAGGGACGUUUGAACACAGCAUCAGGAUUUUCAGACUCAGCCACGCUGAUAGAUGCUCAGAGACGGAGGUUCUUCCUGAAGUUUCUGAUCCACCAGCAGAGCCUGGCGGCGUUCAUGUUGUCCUCAUGGAUGUGGACGAGUUUGGGACAUCUUCAAUGUUUCCUCCAGUGAAGACGAUGAUUUUUAGAUUUGAUAAGAAGUUUUUUCAGCUGAAUGGAAUAAAGUAAAAUCUGGUCUGAAAUUCUGCAGAUUUUCACUUAGCCCUUUAGAAGAUGCGCACUGAUCAGCCGCCACUUUAAAACCUCACAACAGGAAGUAAACCAGAACAUAUAGUGCUGCGGUGGAAAAACUUCAUGGUAAAUGGUGAAACCUCAAUAUUAAGCAGGUGCCAUGGCAACGCCCCUUGCAGGUGUAUAACAAAUUUCGCUCGUCAGUUAAUGUGGUCGGCAGGGCUGUAUGAAUAAAACUGUCUAGGGGGCGCUAGAGAGCCACUUUGGUAUCUAUACACGGUGGAUAAAAAAGCAGCAGCAUCACAGAAUAGCUCAAGUAAAGUGCAGCAGCUUCAGUUUAGUCAAUCACUGACAGCAUCCAAGAAGCUCCUUUGUAGUCUGGUGGACCUGGUCCUGGUCCUGGACCUGGACCUGGACCAGCCUCCUGCCUGAGGGAAGGUGGAGUGAAGCGUCCGUGUACAGGGUGGGUGGCAUCAUUGACGGCUAGGCUCAAGUUUGAAUGUUGUUCAUAAGUCAAAACUAUUAUUACCUCUUUUAAAGGAUCUUUAUUGGCCUCUUGUUGCCUUUAUUUUAGAUGGGUGUCAGAGAGAGGAAGGGGGGGGGGGGGGGUUGCCAUGCAGCAAAGGGCCUCCAGACCAGGGUUCAGUCCUGGACCAGUGUUGUCGAGGAGCUGCAGCCUCUGAGUAGGAGGCUGCCACCCAACCAGUUGAGCUAAAUCAUAAGUAGAAAUGUUGAGGGCCCACCUCCAGAACAACUAAAGCUUCAUUUUGGACUUUUUAUGGGGUAAAAUAUUUUCCCUGCAGUAGAAAUCCAUCAGAAUUACAAUAAUAAUUCUGAAUUAUUAGAAGCACCAGAAGAUGUUUUCUUGCAUUAAAACAGUUUAGAAGUGGAGCAGAUGUUAAUAUUUAGAAGUAAAAUAAAUAUUUGGUAUCAAACUGCUGCUGGUUAGAUUGAUGCAUGUUUUUUGGAACAGAUUAGAGCUAAAUGGCCGUCCCUCUAUAUCAUCUCUGAGAGACCUUAAGUUGGUUUAAAUUGGGAGAGAAGAAAACUCUCCUGGUUAAUGUGACUGUUUUAAACAUCUUUGCAGCUUUGAGCCCGCUCUGCGUUUCGUUUACCUAAUGUUGGUCGCUACCUUCGUUAUGAUGCUCCAUCUUAUGUGGUGUAUUAGAAACUUGUGGUUGUGCACAAGAGAAUUUUAAUCUCAAUCAGGUUUUUAUUUGCUUGAAUAAAGGAG